AUGUCGGCCGGUGUGGCCCCCGCACUGCCACCUCCAUUUUCACCAUCUGCUGAGGGUUGUAUGAACUAUCAAUGCUUAUGCCCAUACUUUCGGGGCAGCAUCGGCCCGGGUGGGCAAUGCAUGCUGCCACAAGGCGGUGUUCUAACAAUGUCAAUGCGAAAGGAAUACAGAACAAUGUCUGACAACGAGAGGAUACGAUUCCAUAAUGCACUCCUUCAAUUGAAAAGAACCGGAGAUUACGAUCGGUUAUCGGUUAUGCACCGACAGGUCGGCUCCUCAUCAGGCGCGCAUUCCGGUCCAGGAUUUUUGCCGUGGCACCGUGAAUUUAUGAAGCGAUUCGAAAUCGCAAUCCGGUUGAUCGACCCCGGGUUGAGCAUGCCAUACUGGGACUCCGUGCUCGAUUCAUAUCUUCCGGAUCCGCGGGAUUCGAUCAUGUUUACUCCAUUAUUUAUGGGAACCUUGGAUGGGGGUGGACAGGUCGUUACUGGCUCCUUUGCCGGAUUCAGAACCCUUGAGGGUAGGCCCAAUAUCGUAAGACGACUUGGCACCGAAGGCAAACUCUUCUCGGAAACUGCCAUCGCAAAUGCCAUCUCAAAUCCAGAUGUUCAAAGUAUUCUAGCGUACACAGCCCCUCAAGCAGGUUGCCCCUUCCGCCCGAAUUUCGCAGCCCUUGAAUAUGCCCAUUCCUCUGUUCAUCUUUGGAUUGGUGGUGAUAUGAAACCGCCGACGACAUCGGCGAAUGAUCCGAUUUUCUUCCUCCAUCACACUUUUGUCGAUUAUAUCUGGGAGAUCUACCGGCAGACACGGCAGAGCCGAGCGCAGAGAGAAAUUGCUUAUCCUCCUGACAUUGGCACUUGUGCGAAUAGUCAGCAUUUCUCAUAUGCUCAAAUGAGACCUUGGGAUAAGCAAAACCGUGAUGGUCUAUCAAACAUCUACACCGAUCAAAUUUACCGUUACGCCCCAAGGCCAACAUGUUCGGCCCAAAAUCCAUACUGCGGGAGUCAAUACCUUUUCUGUGAUACCCGUGGAAAUGCGCAUUGUGUGGCAAAGGUGAGAAUGGGAGGAAACUGCCGUGGCUUUGAAGGGUUUGACGCUUGCCAUCAGGGAGCCCCACAACCCACCCAACAACAGCAGCAACCCCAAACCCGUCCCGCCGCCACCCUGGCCAACGCCCCAUCCACCGUACCGCCGACUGCUGCCCCACAACCGACGCAGGCCGGAAAUUGUUACAAUGAUGAUCCUUGUUGCGAGUGCACGGUAAACCGAAACUAUAUGGGCCGGUACUGCCGGAAGUCGUGUAACUUCUGCCAGGGCGGCGACAACCGACAGGGUUGCGUCGACAAGCAUGUCUCAUGUGCAUUCUGGAGGGCUCAGAAUUUCUGUACGAGGAGGAGACAAUGGAUGGCCGAGAAUUGUCAGGCAAGUUGCGGCUGGUGCAACAUCUCCAAACAACAACUCUGCGUCUCGGUAGCCCGCAUGAGCAGAAUG